UGUAUAGUGUUCAGUAGUCAAUGAGACCGAUCCGAUCGAAAACAACGCACUCGGCUCACUCCGAUCGUACAAAGCGGUGCCUUCCAUUUUAGCCCGGCCAUUUCAAUGCAUUAUUAUCCAAAUAUAGGAAAAAAGCCUCCCGUCCCCACUCAUGUUUUCAGUUCCAAGGGGAAAAAGGUAAAAAAAAAAAAAAAAAAAAAAAAAGAGAAAAAAGAAAGGAAAGAAAUGAAAAGGAAAGUAGAAUGGUAUGCAAUAUUCAAGUCAACAAAGGAAAUCAAUCAAUCGUCCGGUGUAUAUAACCAGAAAUGUUUUACAAAGAACGCCGCGAAGCGCCGGCCGGGUCUGUCCGGCCCUGUGUGUCUGCCCAUCUAAAGACCAAAAAGGGAAUCGGCAAGCUGGUUGCCCAGGGGUAU